CUUAGUUCUCUGCUCAGGACUUUCUUUUCAGAACGCACUCAUUGGUGUCAAAGUUAUUAAUGAAAAUUCUUUGAACAGUAGCAGUGUAAUUCUUUCUCACUUAGUCAAAAUGUUCGUAAAACCGUUUUGCUACAGAAGGACAGUGAGUACGAGUAAAUGACACAAUAACUGAAAACGUUUAAUUGGGAGGAAAAAGCGAUUAUCUUUUACUAUAAUUUUAUCUGUCACCAUGGAGAUGAAAAAAAUACAAAAAUACUCUUUCGCAAAGAAAAGGUUUACGCUUUAAAAACAAAAAGACGGCAGUUUGAAAAUAUAGCAGAAAAGCAUGGACGAUAUAAAAAUCCUCAAGAUUGUUAUUAUUUUUGUUGGAUUUUUGGUGUUUCUAUUCUCAGCGAUCAGUUUGGGCUCUGACCAUUGGUUGGAAGAUAAAUCUGGUGACCACGUGCACGGUUUAUGGGAGAGGUGUUAUAAUGGAAAGUGUCAUGAACUUAAAGAUAACAAGCAAGAAGUGCCAGAUUAUCUUGAAGAAAGUCGAGUGAUGAUGUUGUUUGGCUGUUUUUUCUCCAUAUUGGCUGUUAUCGUGUUCGUUUUGAAUUUUCUGAGACAUGAAAAACUGGCUUGCAUUCUGGCUUGCGUGGUGUGCGCAAUCACAGCUAUCUUUACGAUUGCUGGGUUGGCUGUUUUUUACGAAGAAACAGAAGAAGCCCACGAUUUGUAUGAUAUGAAGUAUGGUUGGUCCAUUGCACUCGGCUGGGUAUCAGUUGUGUUCGCAUUGAUUGCUCUUAUACUCACAGUCGUUGUAAUGAUUAAAGCAGAAAAACAGGUGGUCCAUGUUGUAGAGAGGUUUUAAAAAACUAAUUUAUGUAAAUAAUUUUUACCAUAGCUUGUUUUUACGACUAAUCGGACGUGUAAGUUUGAAUAUAGAUAAAGAAACAACCCUGUAUA